AUGGCGCUCCCAUCUCCCCGCCUUCGUCACUACAGGACGAUGACAGCCAUCUGCUUCGUCUGCAACCUGCCCAUCCUGAGCCACCAGGUGGGGCUCGUCUGGCAAGGUGGCAAUGGCUGGGACGACCUCGUCCGGGAGCAGGUGGAGGAGUCGACGCUGCGUCAGCGGCUGGGCGCGGGGCGGCGCGACUCGGCGGCGCAGAUCACGUCGGUGUCGCCGCCCACCGAGACGCAGGAGACGUCGCCGCCCACGACGGCGGGCCGGCGCCGGCGCUCCUCCCUGGCCCAGCUGACCGACAUCCUGCGCGAGUGGGGCGGCGGCAGCUCGCACGGAUCCCGCUCGCUGAGAGGCUCCAGCCACAAGGACCCGCUCACCAGUCGGCGGGAGACGCUGGCGGACUUGGCCAAGUCGCUGCCCUGGGGGCGCUCCUCCACGACGACUUCGGCGCCGCCCCCGGAGACGCACACCUCGUCAGGGUUCGGCUUCCGCAAGAGGCGCGAGUCCUCGGCGGACGCCACGCUCACUGGCCGCAAGCGCAGGGAUUCCUCCGCCAUCUCUGACCUCAGGUCUGACCUGGCGCGGCUGUGGUCCUCGCGGCGGGACUCGAGCGCGACAUCUGGAGCGACCAUCAUCACUGCCAGGGACCCAGCUCAGCGGCGCGGCUCUGGGGAGUCGGCCAGGAGUGGUGGGCGCCGGGACUCCGCCACUGUGAUCGCCUCCUCUGGCUCCAGGAGGGGCUCUGGAGAGUCUGCGCGCUCAGGGUCUAAUGAACUAUUUAUUUCCUUCAAUAAAGCUUGUAAGGAAUAUCCUAUUCUACAGAAGAACAAGUCAGUAGCUUCAAUUGAGGAUAUUUCUCAAACUGUUAUUGACCUGUCUGAUGAAGAGUUUACUGAAGAUGAAAUUACUGUUCUAGCCAAAGAAGGCCACUUUCCUGUGACGCCUUUAAAGGUACCUGUUGAAGAUGAGCAGCGGCCGUCGACGUCGUCCACGGCGUCGGACUCGGGGCCGUCCAUGGCGGUGCCCGCGCCCCCUCCGUCCUCCUCCGUGUACUACAAGAGCCGGCGCGACUCGCGGUCGCACGCGUCGCCGGAGCGGCGCUCGUCGGGCAAGGAGUCCUCGGGCAAGUUCCCGCGGCUGCCGCGCCAGUCGACGGCCGUCGACGAGAGCUCGCUGCCGCCGGGGCCCACGCUGUCGCCAGACCUGCAGCCCGCGUCCGACGACGGCGGCGGGGGGCCUCCGGGCCCGGGGGCGGGGCGCAAGGCGCGCCGCGAUUCGCUCAGCCCCGACUCCGCCUCCUACAGCCGCGGCCGCCGAGACUCGCGCACACACCUCUCUCCGGACAGGGACCGCGAGGUGAGCGCGCGCCACUCACUGUGCAGUGCCCAGUUCCUCUCCAUCUCCUCUGCCUGCCCGUACGUGUGUCGUCGUCGUCAGGUGUCGCCGGUGGGGCGCACGCGGCGCGGCCGGCUGCGGCGGCAGUCGACGUCGAUCACGGGCGGCCCGCUGUCUCGCGCGGGCUCGGUGUGCCCGCCGCCGCCGCGCUCGCCCGACUCCUGCUCGUCCACCUGCUCCUCCAGGGACCCCUCGCCCUGCGCCCGCGAGCGCGCCGGCAGCUCGGCCGGGCCCAUCGCGCACGCGCCCGCCAUCCGCCGGCAGUCCACCACCGAGGAGAUCCUCAUCGCCAGGGGGUUCCGGCGGCAGUCUACCACUGAGGAGAUGAUUCGGUGCCGCAACUUCCGGCGCCAGAGCUCGCAGUCUGCGGAGGAGUGCACGCGCUCCCGCGGCCGUCGCGACUCGUCAGCGCAGAUCAUCGACGGCACUUUCGCCACCAUGACCGUCGAGACGAGCAGCACCUUCUUCGACUCGAGCACGCAGACAGGUGAGUAG